AUGGUGACGUUGAGGAAACAAUAUGCGGUGGCCAGACCCGUGUACUCAGAGGACAGCUUGGCUGAAGAUCAUGAGAAAGUCUACCGGCUGCGCAAACCCAUCCUGGACCAUCUGAGAGAGUAUCUGACCUGUGAUUCAAAACGUGCCAAGAAUGCGGUGCUCUCUCUUCUGCCCAUCAUUGGCUGGAUGAGGAUCUAUAGAGUCAGAGAGUGGCUGCUGGGCGAUGUGGUGUCUGGGAUCAGCACUGGACUGGUGGCCAUUAUGCAAGGACUGGCCUUCUCUCUGCUGGCCUCACUGCCUCCGAGCUACGGCCUCUACACGGCUUUCUUCCCCAUGCUAACAUACUUCUUCCUCGGUUCUUCAAGACACAUAUCUGUCGGUUCUUUCCCAGUCCUGAGCCUGAUGGUGGGAGCUGUGGUGACGCGCCUAGUUCCAGAGGACGGACCACCGGCCAACAUCACUGGCUUUGAGGGCCUGACCCAGGACCAGCAGAGAGUCUUGGUGGCCUCCUCUAUGACCUUUCUUAUGGGGAUAUUCCAGCUGGCAAUGGGUGUUCUGCAGGUGGGUUUUAUUGUUGUGUACAUGUCCGACACUCUGGUGUCAGGCUUCACCACAGCAGCUGCCGUCCACAUCCUGGUGUCCCAGCUCAAGUUUGUGUUAGGGUUGACUGUUCCGGGCAUCAGCGGUCCACUCUCUGUCAUAUAUAGCCUGGAGAAGAUCUUUGUCCAGAUCACCUCCACCAACAUCUGUGACCUGGUGAUGUCCAUAGUGAUCAUGCUGGUGGUGUUCAUCGUGAAGGAGCUCAAUGACAAAUACAAAGCCAAGCUGCCUGUUCCCAUCCCCAUUGAAGUUGUUAUGACUAUCAUAGCUUGUGGGGUGUCCUAUGGGUUCAACUUCAAGACGAGAUAUGGUGUUGAUGUUGUUGGCAAAAUGGUGAGUGGAUAUGAGUCUCCCAUUGCGCCCAACAUGGAAGUCUUCAAGGAGUGCGCGGUGGAGGCCUUUCCUGUAGCCAUAGUAGGGUUUGCUGUUGCAUUCUCUGUGGCCAAAGUCUACUCUCUCAAACAUGAUUACACCAUUGAUGGGAACCAGGAGCUCAUUGCAUUCGGGGUGAGCAACAUAUUUGGCGCAAGCUUCAAGUCGUUUGCAGCCAGCACCGCGCUCUCCAGGACGGCGUUGCAGGAGAGCUCGGGAGGCAAAACACAGAUUGCAGGGCUGAUCUCAGCCAUGAUGGCGAUGAUUGUAACUGUGGCACUUGGCUUCUUGCUGGAACCGCUACCCACGUCUGUCCUGGGAGCCUUGGUCAUCGUCAACCUGAAGGGCAUGCUGAUGCAGUUCAGAGAAAUCCCGUACUUGUGGAGGAGGGACAAACCAGACUGUGUGGUGUGGGUGGGAACAUUUCUGGGUGCCGCCCUGCUGGGACUGGAUCUUGGUCUGGCGGUUGGCCUGGGGGUGAACCUGCUCACUGUGGUCUUCAGGACUCAAUUCCCCCGCUGUUCCGUAUUGGCUAACAUCCCAGGGACCGACCUCUACAAAGAUCGCAAAGAUUACAUGCAUAUAUCUGAACCAAAUGGAGUGCUGAUCUUCAGGAUACCCUCGCCGCUCUUCUUCGCCAAUAUUGAGUUCUUCAGGGACAAGCUGGUAGAAGCUAUUGGGUUUAACCCGCUUCGGGUUUUGAGAAAGAGGAACAAGGCUCUCAGGAAAAUCAAGAAGCUGUUGCAGAAAACGGAGGACGGCGUUACAGAGAAAGGCUUGGGGGAGUCAUUCCGCCAGACGACUGAUGAGUCUCGCAUGGACGUGAAGGAGCUGGAUCAGCCCUCCGACCUCAGCGGCCUUCCUUUCCGGAUGGACUGGAGAGCCGGGCUUCCCGCUGACGUCAGUGUUCCCAGAGUGGACCUCCACAGCCUGAUCUUGGACUUCUCUGCUGUGUCCUUCCUGGACAUCUCUGCUCUGAAGGGACUCAAAACGGCACUCAAAGAGCUCAUCCGUGUCGACGUGGAUGUUUACAUUGUUUCUUGUGAUGCGUGCAUCCUGGAGAAACUACACAGCUGUACGUUCUUCGACGAGGAGAUUUCGACCUCCAUGUUCUUCCCGACCCUUCAUGACGCCAUGCUGCAUGUGCGAGACAAACACGAAGACGACAAAAGUCGAGGCGGGGGGUUAACAGAAAGCAAACUCUAG